AGCAAAACUCACCCAAUACCAGCUAAUAAGAAUGCCAAUGGCCGGAACCGGCGGCGAGGACGACAAACAACAGAGCCUGGGAUCGACGGAGUACCAGCUGAAGAAGUACCUGCUGCUGCUGGCCACCCUGGUGGCGACGGUGACCUACGCGGCGGGGCUCAAUCUGCCGGGGGGCUCCUGGCUGGAGGACUCGCCGGGAGGGCGGACGGCAGGCGACUCCAUCCUCCGGGAGACCAACUACAGGCGCUACAUCGUCUUCUACUACUUCAACGCCAUCGCCUUCGCGGCGUCGCUCCUGCUCAGCCUCCUCCUCCUCCUCCUGCAGAAGGACGGCGGCAACAACUACCUGCUCCUCAUGUGGGCGGUGAUGCUCGUCGACGGGCUCGGCCUCAUGGGGGCCUACGCCGCCGGCGGCAGCCACGACAGGUUCACCACCGUUUGCGCCGCCGUUCUGGCGUCUGGCGUCUCACUCUACGCGGUCGUGGCCUUCCUCACUUACUUUGUGAGCCACCCUCCUGAUCUACGCCUCCGGCGGGGAACUGAAGCAGGCGCCGGAGGUGCCCGGCGGCCUCCUGCUGCCGGCGAGCUCGGGAAGAAGCACGAGAUCCUGCUGGUGCUCGCCAUCUUCGCCGCGACGAUCGCGUACGUCGCCGGGCUGAACCCGCCCGGCGGCUUCUGGCGGCAGGAGGGCCACCGCGCCGCCGGCUACCCGGUGCUGCAGGGCACCCACCCCCGCCGCUACAAGGCUUUCUUCUUCUGCAACACGACCGCCUUCAACGCCUCCCUGCUCGCCAUCAUGCUCAUCGUGGACCACGAGAAGCUCGACCUCGAGGGAAGGAUCGAACGAAGGGUCGUUGCGCUCUACGGGCUCAUCGUCACGGCGCUCCUGGGCCUCGGCGGCGCCUACGCCGCCGGGAGCUGCAGGGACAGCAAGCACAGCGCCUACGUUCUUCUUCUACUUCUCCCAGUUGCUGCCUGCAUUUAUCUCCAGAAGGCUCUUGUGCGAGUUUGGCGCCGCAUGACCACCAACAAGCUCCUCCCUUGCACCAAGGAGGGACCCCAAGGCUGUUGUGGAUCAUUCAUCAAGUUGUUCCAGAAUUCCAAGAUCGCCAGUUAUAUUUGUGCAGUUGGGAUGGGUGGCACGAGCGAAGACCUGAAAAGGACAAGAGAAUACAUUCAGUUGCUUGCCACCCUUGUGGCGACCAUUGCUUACCAAGCAGGACUAGAUCCACCCGGUGGUGUCUGGGCCAGCAACGGUGAGGGCCACAGUGUGGGAGAUUCCAUACUCCUGACCAUAAACCCUGGGCGGUACAAGGUCUUCUUCUACUUCAACUCGGCGGCCUUCGUUGCAUCCAUCGUCAUCGUAAUAAUGUUGCAGAAUGAGCAUCUAGUUCGAGGCCACGCACUGGAGGUGGCCCUGAUACUGGACUUCUUUGGCCUUAUCGGCGCCUACGCCGCCGGAAGCUGCAGGAACACGACCACCUCCAUCUACACCGUCGCCCUAGCCGGCGGCGUCCUCAUCUACGUGGUCAUUCACAUCGUCUUCUUCACGCUAGACCACGGUGAGGACACCGGCGAGAAGAAAGAUAAGUAUGAGAGUCACCGUGUGGUGCUUCUUCUUCUUGCAAUCCUGGCGGCGACACUCACCUACCAGGCUGGCCUGACCCCGCCGGGCGGCUUCUGGGAGGAAGACAACAGCGAGCUCGGGCACCGCGCGGGUUUCCCAGUGCUCCAGGACAAGUACCCUCGCCGCUACGAGGCCUUCUUCUACUGCAACACGGCGAGCUUCAUGGCAUCAGUGGCUCUCAUCGUCCUCCUCCUGAACCCGAAUCUGUACAGGCCGGGCAUCCGGUGCUACGCGCUCGUCGUCUGCAUGGUCGCCGGCGUGCUCGGCCUCCUGGGCGCCUACGCUGCCGGAAGCUCCCUGCACUUGCGCACCUCCAUCAUCUUCCUGGUGCUGGUCGUCGUAGGUUUUGCGAUUGUAGUCGGCCUAGCUAUCCACCGCCAUUGUGUACCACCACCGCCUGUGACCACCACCACCACCACUGCAACCAAAGUUCCGGAACCCAACUCCGGCGAUCCAGCCCCACCCAACAAUGUGCUGGAGAAACAAGAGCGGCCUGUGACCACCACCACCACCAAAGUUGCAGAACCCAACUCCGGCGAUCCAGCCCCACCCAACAAUGUGCUGGAGAAACAAGAACGGUCUGUGACCACCACCACCACCAAAGUUUCGGAAUCCAACUCUAGCGAUCCAGCCCCACCCAACAAUAUGCUGGAGAAACAAGAGCGGCUUGUGACCACCACCAAAGUUCCGGAACCCAACUCCGGCAAUCCAGCACUACCACCCAACAAUGUGCUGGAGAAACAAGAGCGGCAUGUGACCACCACCAACAACAAAGUUUCAGAACCCAACUCCAGCGAUCCAGCCCCACCCAACAAUGUGCUGGAGAAACAAGAGCGGCCUGUGACCACCACCACCAAAGUUUCAGAACCCAACUCCGGCGAUCCAGCCCCACCCAACAAUGUGCUGGAGAUACAAGUGCGGUCCGUAACCAUCACCACCACCACCACCAAAGUUCCGGAACCCAACUCUAGCCAUCCAGCCCCACCCAACAAUGGUGCCGAAGAAACCGCAAUGUACCUGAUGCUGGUGGGGAUACUGGCGGCGAGCGUGACCUACCUGACGGGCCUGAAACCGCCUGGUGGCAUGUGGAGGGGUGACGGUAAUGGGCACUCCGCCGGCAACCCGGUCCUCUACGAUACCAACAAGUUGCGGUACAAUAUCUUCUUCUACAGCAACUCCAUCUCCUUCAUCGCCUCCGUCGUCGUCAUCGCCUUGCUUCUUCUACGGAUGAUGCUGUUGCCAGCCACGGCCAUGGUUCUCGGGCCGAUCCAUGCGGCCAUGGUGCUAGACAUGCUCUUCCUCCUGGUAGCCUACGCAGCAGGCAGUGUCCGGGACUCGCACAGGUCCUGGAAAGUCAUCAUGAUCUUCCCUGCUGUGGUCUUGGUUGUGUUUUUCUUCUUCUUCGUGUCCAGGAAACAAACGGUGUCCAGGAACCAAACGGAAAAGGCAGAAGAAUCAACAGUGGAUGGAGGGGAAAAAGGGGAAUGCAAAGGUCCACACUCUAUCCGGAUCAUUCAGCUUUAAAUCAAUGGUGGGAUGAAUCGUGAGCAGAUGAUGAGGGAAUCAUGUUUGGUGAGAAAUUUAAUGGUUGGAUGAAUAUUGUGUGAGAUGAAUGAAUGGUUGAGAUAAGUCAUAUGGGCAUAAGUACAUGUGGAGAUACCUUUCCCACUACUACUAUAUAGUUG